AUGCAGCAAAACAAGAGUGUGAGUGAGUUCAUAUUCUUAGGACUGACACAGGAUCCUAUGAAACAGAAAAUGGUGUUCCUAAUUGCCUUCAUUUUCUACACUGGAACUGUAGUGGGAAAUUUGCUCAUUAUUGUGACCAUCAAGUUCAGCCGUGCUCUUGGGAGUCCCAUGUACUUCUUCCUUUUUUAUUUGUCCUUUGCUGAUACCUGCUUUUCAACUUCCAUAGUCCCUAGGCUAAUUGUGGAUUCACUCUCUACAGACAAAGUCAUAUCUUACAGUGAAUGCAUGACUCAGGUCUUUGCACUGCAUUUCUUUGGCUCUAUGGAGAUCUUUGUCCUCAUCCUUAUGGCUUUUGAUCGCUAUGUGGCCAUCUGUAAGCCCUUGCGUUACACAACCCUUAUGAGACGACAGGUGUGCAUCAUCUUGAUUAUUCUGGCCUGGAUAGGGUCAUUUAUACAUUCUAUAACUCAGAUUUUUCUGGCCUUGAAACUGCCCUUCUGUGGACCCAAUUUGAUUGAUCACUAUUGCUGUGAUUUGCAACCCUUAUUAAAACUUGCCUGUAUGGAUACUUAUUUGAUCAAUCUACAGCUGGUGUCCAACAGUGGUGUCAUUUGCUCAAGUGGUUUCGUGCUGCUAAUGAUCUCAUACUUUAUAAUCUUGCAUUCACUGAGAAACCACAGUGCAGAAGGGAGGAGAAAAGCCCUUUCCACUUGUACCUCUCACAUCUUUGUAGUCAUCUUAUUCUUUGGUCCAACUAUAUUCAUAUAUACCCGUCCACCAACCACUUUCUCCAUGGACAAAAUGGUGGCAGUUUUUUAUACCAUCGGGACACCCUUUCUCAACCCACUCAUCUACACACUAAGGAAUGCAGAAGUGAAAAAUGCCAUGAGAAAGUUAUGGAGUAUCAAAACUACCACAGAUAUCAAAUGA